UGGUCUGGUCUGUGUGUGAUGACGGCAUAGCAGAAAUUGGAACCGAGUAAAGAAUGAGGAGCUAGCCCUAACUAGAUUAGUCUUCCAACAUAGUGGGAAUUUCUAAAACUGAUCUCAGAACAACGUUAUCGAAGGAACAUCGAGCGAAAGUCACGAGGUUUACUUCUUGUUCAGGUUGGACAGAGACGCGCUGGCCUGUUAGCUAGCUAGCCUUUCUACUGUACCUGGUCAUCUAACUGGACUAUAUCUGUCUUGACAUUGACUUCAUUGCUGUUGUUGCCACGUGAGCAGGACAAUAUGAGUGGAGAGAGGGAAACGUUGAUGGAUGAAAUGGAACAGAGUUUAUACACUUUAACCAAGGACAAUUUACGCUGCCUGUGUGAACGCAGUGGAAUAGGUGGCAUGGAUGGCUCCGAUGGUCAAGGAAAGAAUCCCCAUCACUCAUUGUGCCGUAAAAUCCUGGAGGAACUUUGGGAAAAUGUAGAUUCAAUGGAAUCGGAGGAGCAGGGAAUGUCUUGGUUACUCCAACUGAAAGAGGACAUCAGAAAGAUACAGGAGGAUGGUAGUGGUGCACCUUUGAGUCCCAGCCAAUCCAUUGAUGAUGAUGCUGUAGACUGUGAUGAAGAUGAGAACCAGAAGGACAUGGAUUGGUUACCUAGCACAAGGCUGGAGGCGGAGCGCAUGAGUCCCAGCCAGUCCUUUGAUGACAAUGCUGCAGACUGCGAUGAAGAAUGGAAUGAGGAGGACAGGGAUUUGUUGCCUAGCAAAGGCCUGGAGGUGGAGCCAGCUCCAGAGAGACACACACCAGAGCAGAGGGAGAAGAGAGUGAGUGGGGCCCCCUCUCUGUCCUCUCCUGGUAAUGCCUUACUGCUGGGUCUGAAGAGGGUGUCUGUGCUGCUGGUCGACUGCAGGAAAACACCAGGGUUGAGAGGAACUGCUGGAGGAGGAGACGAGGAGGAGGAAGGAGACGUGAUUCAUCAAAGAAAAAGACGUGGCUAUUGUGGAUCCUCUGGGAAGCCUCAACAACAACAUCAUCAUGAUGCUGAUGACCCAGACUGGAGUCUCUCUGAAUCAAAACACGUCAACAAACAACCGCAGAGACGUACAGGGAAGAAAUCUCACUACUGCUGCACUCAGUGUGGGAAGAGUUUAGCUGGUUCAGCGCAACUUAAAAUGCACCAGAGAAUCCAUACAGGAGAGAAACCUUACAGCUGCUCACAGUGUGGAAAAAGUUUCAGUCUAAAAGGUAAUCUUAAAAUGCACCAGAAAACACAUACAGGGGAAAAAAUUCACCAUUGCUCUGACUGCGGGAAAAGUUUUGCACAAAACUCCACUUUAAAAGCACACAAGCAAACACACAAGCCUGCCGCAGAAAGGCUUUACCAAUGCUCCUUCUGCGAGAAGACGUUUUGUAUUUUGGCAACCUUUAAUUUCCAUAUGAAAAUGCACACCAAAGAGAAACCGUUCUGACUGCGGAAUGCGGUUCAUUCAUUUCAGUUUACUGAAAGCACAUGAACAUAAACACAAGCCCUCCGCCGAAAGGCCCUUCCGCUGCUCUGAAUGCGGGGCGUGUUUUACUACAAAAGGUAAUUUUAAAUUUCACCAGCUGACGCACAACCGGGGAAAGAGACCUUACCGCUGCUCUGAGUGUGGGAACUGUUUCUCUCAUCCGGUGUAUCUGAAGAAUCACCAGAAAAGGCACAGUAAAGAGAAGUCUGUUGUCUGCGACCUGUGUGGAAAGACCUUCAACCAUCCUGAUGACUUCAGAAUUCACAUGAAGAUACACCGAGGAGUGAAACUGCACAACUGCUCCGACUGCGGCAGCAGCUUCAUAUUCCGCCGCCGUUUAAUAACACACCAACGUGUGCAUACUGGAGAGAUGCCUUAUGUCUGCAAUCACUGUGGGAGGAGGUUUUCGCUGUCUCGUACUCUGGUGAAUCACCAGCGAACGCACACGGGGGAAAAACCUUACCACUGUUCUUUCUGCGGGAAGAGCUUCAGUCGGUCACAAAACCUAGCUGCACACAAGAGAACUCAUACUGGAGAGAAGCCUCAUGCUUGUGAUCAAUGUGGGAAGAAGUUUUCCCGAACCGACGCGCUGGCUGUACACAAACGCACCCACACCGGAGAGAAGCCUUACAGCUGUGAUAUAUGCAGGGAGAGGUUCACCUAUUUAGUAGCCAUGUUGAAACAUAAGAAAGGACAUGGUCAUCUUGCAGGUGAUGUACUCUGUGCUGAACAGCCUUAGAAUGAUCGAAGCUCUAUGAAUAGACUUUAUUGUCCAUUGUUUAACUUUUAGACUAAAGGGAUUUGUCUUUUUGCUUACAAUCUACCCAUCUAGAGAGGGAGAGAGAGAGAGACACAAGCACACACGGUGGCAGGUAGCCUAGCGGUUAGAGCUUAGGGCCUGUAACCGAAAAGUCACUUGUUCUAAUCCUCGAGCCGACAAGGCAAAAAAUCUGUUGCUGUGCCAUUGAGCAAGGCACCUAACCCUAAUUGCUCCUGGGUCGCCGCUGAUCAUGGCUGACCCUGGCCGCGACUCCACUCUCCGAUGGCGUCUCAGGGGAAGUUGUGAUAUGCAAAAAACAAGUGACCAAUUCACACGUGUAUAUAAGACACACUUGUACAUGUGAAAUAAGGACAAUAUAAACACCAAAUUAUUAUUAUUAUUAUUGUUGCAGACACACACACAUGGGUUGGGAGCAGAGCUUUGUAUGAGAGUGGUUACUUAGGGUUACGUUUGCUCAGCCCCGUCCCACAGCUGCCAGUGGACUGAAACACAAAGCCAGGAUUGUGGCUUUAAACUGCCUGAAAUUACAGGGUUCUGUACAUACAUUCAGUAUCUGACAGGGAGACCUAACCUCUGCUCUUCUAGUACUGGGGUGGAGUUUCCCAUAGCUACAGAUCUAUAUAGGAUCAGCUUCUUCUCCACAAAUCCAAGCCUUAAAGCCCCUGUCAGUCUUUGUAAUUUUACACUAUGAGGUCGAAAUAACACUCUGAAAUUGUGAAAAUUAUGAUAAUGCCCAUUUUGUGUGAGUGCAUUUUAUUUAUUUAUCAAAAUGCGUUUUUGGGCAGAAAUGCCUUCUGGAACAUGUGAACUUUCAUGUGCCUUAAUAGCAAACUUGUAUUCCAUCCAUAAAUAUGAAUAAAAUUGUUAAAUUACUAGCCUAGUUGGUUUAACCACGGAAAAAGUCAGGAACCUUCCCGCUAGCCAUGAUUGUCUGAGAUAAUGGAUGGGCUGGACAUGCUGGGAGAUGAGUGUGGAUUGGUCUGCCAUGUAGCAUGCUUCUGUCUAUAACGUGAGAUGUUCAGUAUGUGUUGAUAGUCCUUUCUACCGUGCCGUUUUUGAAAGAUAUAACGUUAGCCAUCGAGGACUACAAAAGUUUUGCUACUUUUCUCAACAACAUUAAUGCCCUGAAUUUAGCAGGCGCUAUCGACAAAUCAGUUGGAAAAAGUGAUGGGCUACUUUCUGCACACGCCACGGUCAGUGUGAACCAGUGACUUGACACAACGCUGGCCAAACAAGAUGUAGUUACAAAUAAAAGGGAGUUAAUGGUUCCAGUCUGCCGUGAAGCGUUCAUCUAUAUAUACGGGUAAGAGUCUAGCUCCAUUUUCAGAUACAAGUUUCUAAUUUUGUCAGAAAGUCGCUUUAUUGCCAGUUAAAGGUUAGUUAGCUAGCGAACGAUAGCUUGCUGGCUCUCUAGCUAACGUUCCGUGUAUGAUCUGUGUCGUAACAUUAUUCGAAUCAGAAAACCAUUUGCAUUGCUAGGUAUAGCCUAAUGUUAGCUAGCUAACAUUGAACCUAGUUUGUGAGCUUUAGCUACCUGCCGAUUCAUACCACAGCUAGAUACAUGUCUGAACAAAAGACUCCACUUCAACCGGAUUAUUUAACGACACGUCAAAUUAGCCAGGUGUGUCUGGGGGAGAUUAUGGCCAUCUAUUGUAUUUCAUGAACAUGUGUACAUGUCUAGACAAUAGGGACCCAUCCACUUAGCUAGAUGUGGCUGGGGGAGUGGUUUAGCAUUUCUUUCACAUGACCCAUCAAUUUAGAUAAAUGUGUCGGGUAAGCGUCAUCUAACAAUUACAAAAUAUGUAAAAAAAAAUAUAUAUAUAUAUAUAUAUAUCUGGACACUUCCUGUUUUUGAUAUUGCUACUAUGCAAGUAACCAUUUCACUGUACCGUUUACACCUUCUGUAUGCUGUGCAUGUGACAAAUAAACUUUAAUUUGAUAUAGCGUGUGUUUAGGACAUGGCCCACUCAUCCUUUAUAAAGAGCACACAGUGCCACCUACAGAACAGAAACAGAUUAACUGACAAAAGCAUUUCCAACGAACUCCCCUCGGUUGAGUUAUAUACAGUUAUUUAAAAAAUAUGCAUAUAUAUUAAAACAUCUUGCAUAUCUUAAUUUAUUUCCACAAUUAACAAAUAAUAUGCAUAAUAAAGUUGGCAGUUCAUACGAAGGAUUGUUACCUAUAAUCUUUAGUGUAAGGGAACCAAUGUUAUUUUGUCUUAACUACGUCUGUUGAUUUGUAAUUGUGUGUUAUGCUAAUCUGAUGGUAGUGCAAGUGAUGUGCAAUGUGAUGGUUGAUGCUGCCUCUCUCAUUGCUACAGUAAUAUUGGUUUACACCUCAAAUGUUGCAUUGAUAUCGACUGUUUGCAGAUAUGACCUGUAUUUACUGUUUGUCUGAUGUUCUCAUUCAUUAACAAAGAACUUCAGUUCGUUUCAGAAUGGGUGGCGAGGAAUAAGUUAGUCCUAAAUAUUUCAAAAACUAAAAGCAAUGUAUUUUGGACAAAUCAUUCACUAUACCCUAAACCUCAACUAAGUCUUGUAAUAAAUAAAUGUGGAAAUUGAGCAAGUU